CUUUUUCUUCCCGAAACUCUACCAUCUCACGUCGAGAUGUAUUGUGUCCUACGCCGACGGCUUCCGGUUAACGGCGCUGUCGGCCCUAACUCAUUAGGCCGCGGGCGGCAUUGGGACUAGGGCGGUGAUGCCAUCGAUUCGAACGGGAUCUGUGUGCAUGAGCAUGGUCGCGUCGAAAGCUGACGAGAGGCGAUGAUGUGGAUCAUGGUGAAACUUGUGCUGGCGCUGCUGGUGGUGGACGGGCUGGUGUGGAUGGCCACAGCGGGCAUCGCUGGUUUCCACAAGUUCUUCGAGGCCACUUUCAAGGCGAGCCGAUCGAUCAGUGCACUGAGUGCAUGAACCACACAACGGAAGGCACCUGUCCUGCUUGAUAUAUCGAGGACAGACAGACAGACAGAUGGACAGACAGAAUCAUCUUAUGGGAUUUAUUGGCGUGUCGAUCUUGUGUCACGUCUGUCUGUCUGUCUGUGUGCUUGCAGGAGGCCGUCAACGAGGACCCGACGACGCUCGCCCCCUGCAGCCAUCUGUGCAUUGACCUGAACCAGCUGCUGCACCAGGCACGUGCACCACAACCAUCUGACAGAGCAGUCUAUGCAUGCCACGAUAAAGCACAAUCGACUCUUCCCUCCAUCCCUCCCUCCCUCCCUGCAUGUGUGUCGGCUCGGCUCGGCAGGCGAUGACAGGCAAGGGUGCGAGCGUCUCUCGUGGGCUGCGGUUUCGCUUACGGCGGCUGCUGGGCCAAUUCAGACCGACGCGCAGGCAAAGCAAUGCGUGGAUACAGAGAGCGAUGGAUGGAUGGAUGGCGGGAUGGUCAUGCCAUGCGACGACAGACAGACAGACAGACCAGUGGGUGUAUCGUACGUGUGGCGUGUGCAGUGUGGUGAUAGCGAUCGAUGGCUCCGCACCCCUGGCCAAGUUGAUCACACAGAGGAAGAGGCGACUCGCACCGUUGCCAACAGACAAAAAGAAGAGGUACACACACACACAGAGACACACACACACACACACACACAGAGAGAGAGAGAGAGAGACAGACAGACGCACAGACGUACCUGCGAGUGCGUCGACGUGCGUGUGUCCAUUGAUUGAUUGCAUAUAUUGUGCAGGGCGAAGACAUUGGAGAAGUUAGCGCUCUCCCCUGGCACCCGUGUGAUGGACGAGAUGGACAAGACGGUCGCCGCCAUCGCACUCGAGUGCAUGAAGCGACAAAUGGACAAAGGAAGGAGGCCAUCCACGUGAGUGAGUGAUGUGAGCAGACAAGACACCAGCGGGGGGGGGGGGCGGGGGCACCACACUCGUGUAGUGUAUGUAUGUCUGUAACAGUCAGUGUGGGGUCGUAUCGUGUUGUGUGCUGUGCACUGCACUGCACGUGUGUGUGUGUAGAUUCUAUAUCUCGGGGUCUCGGUCGCCCGGUGAGGGCGAGCUCAAGAUAUUCGACUGGCUCAUGACGGGCAUGGCCACACACACACAGCAGAACACCCGGAUUUGCAUCGUGGGCGGCGAUGCCGACCUCCUCCUGCAGGCACGUACUGUCUGUCUGUACUCAUCCAAUCCACCCAAGUCACCCCCGCCGACAUGUGUCUGUCUGUGCAGGCGAUGGCUCUUCCGGAGGUCCUCGAUAUUCACGUGCUCGUACCCACAAUGCGCAGCAAGCCCCACCCCAAGACGCAGAAGAAGAAGCAAGUACGGACUGUGUUGACACAUAUGACUGUCACCCACGUCACGGAUACACACACGCUCGUCUGGCCUGUCUGUCCGGAUGGAAUGGCAUGGCCUGGUGGCAGGCCUCAGCGGCUGUCCCCCCCGGCGAGGUGGUGCCAUUCCGUGCCUAUUCUUUGCGGAAGCUGUGCGAGGUGCUCAAGUGGUACAGCAUCGACGUGGACAAGUGGGCGGCCCGGCUGGACUUCAUCCUGUUGAUGAUCCUCAAUGGCAACGACUACGUGCCGCGGCUGCCUGGGGUGGGAUUCGACAACCUGCUCGAGGCAUACAAACAGGCAAGCGCUUACCCACCCCACACACGAGGCACACGAGAUCUGUCCAGGCGUGUGUGCUCUGUCUGUGUUGUGCUGUGUGUGUUGCAGCUGAAGCGUCGUAAGGCGUUCGCGGACAGGACCAUUGUGCAGAUCGACGUCAGAGAUGGCGGCAGUGGCAAUGGGGAAGGGGAUGGCGGUGUGCGCGUGUCGUUCGACCCGGAAAUGUUGUGUGCUCUCAUCGACGAGCUGCACCGGUGCUGGGAGUUCGUCGUCUCCCUCGAGGCACUUCACAGAGUCAUCUGGCGGCAAUGGCAGGUCGGUCGCUGGGGUGGGGUGGGCGCACAGCAACCACACAUGUGAUGUGUGUCGUCACUCACUCUGUGGCUGUGUGGCUGGCUGUGUGUGCAGGAGACGGACAGUUUGACAGGUGAGGAGAAGCGCCUCUCGGCUGCCGCUCCUGCCGGCAUCCUCAACGACUGCAUCCAACAGAAACGCCUACACGCCGUCCAGGUCAGGGAGACAGGGCAGCUCGGGUGCAGUGCGUGUGGACAAUCGUCUUCUCUCGUGCGCCUUGUGUCUGUCUGCCACACAGGUGGACUUCGAGUCGGCCCCAGAAGGGCAUAAGGCCGUUCUGACGGUGCAGGUCAAGGCGGACGAGGCCUUACAGCGGUGGGAGGCCACUGCCGCAGACAAGGCCACCGCCAAGAGGGAGUGCAUCGGCAAGGUAUGACAUCAGGCACACCACAGAUGGACAACGCUCAACUAUGGCAAUACACAGCCUGUUGUGUCCUAUGCUGUGCAGUUUCUGCUGGCGACAUUUCCCCAGGACCGUCGUGUGGCCACAGACAUGGUGGCCCACCUGGAGAUGCAGCGCAGGAGAAGCCAGCAACGAGCCAACGCUGAGCAAGCAGAGGAGGAGCAGCAGACCUCAGCUAUCGACCAGACGGCGGUCAGUUGGUGACACAGACAGACAGACAGACAGAGAGGCGGCCUAACACAUUUCUCUCUCUGUGUGUGCACAGGAGCAUGAGACACUGCUGUUGCUGCAGUCCUUAGAGACCGAUGAGGAGAAACGUGCCGUCGGCAACCCCUCAGCCGUACUCAACCUGCUCAAAAUGGUGUGGUGUGUGCCUACCUGCCCACCUGUGUUCCCACUCACAAACAACCGAGUCUGUGUGUGUGUGUGUGUGUGCAGAAGAAGGUGUUCGGAUCGUCUGCCUUCAUGUUGGAUGAGGAGAGGGCCAGUGUGCCGGGCGGAUACAUCCGCAACGCCACACUCGCCGUCCAACAUGGUGGUUGUGGUGGCGGUGACAGUGGACCACCCGAGGAGGGAGCACUGCUGUCCUCCCACCAUUUCCAGGGCCGGUCGGCGGCCAGCAUCAAGCAGGCCAAGGCGUCCGCCGUCAUGCACGUGAGUGCGUCAGCGAGAGAGAGACACAGACAGACACCCACGAAUCAAUCGGCUCAGCUGUGUGUGGUGCCUGCCAGGCUUUGGAGGAGCUGUCGCCUCCUCUGUGUCGCCAACUGGCCCGGUUUGGGUGGCAGCUGGACGGAUCGUGCACACCGGGCAACGUGACAGAGCCUACUGCCGUGAAGGCUUCACCGAGUGCUCCUACCGUGCCGCCCCCCUCUGUGUCAUCUUCCCGCCCCCCGCCCGUCGAGACCAUGUUUCCUGCUGUCGAUGACUACCUAGAAGGUAAGCUGCGGUGCGCAUGGCAUGGCUGCACAGGGACUCGCAUCUCAUGUGCUUCGUCUUUUUGUGUCGACUGACUGCCACCGUGUCUGCAGCCAUUCGUUGGUGUGUGGCUAUGUAUGCCGAGGCGCGCUGCAGCGACUGGUGUGUGCGGUACACGGCCGCCCUGGGCAACGCCACAGGCACACGAGCACCCACCCCAUACGCAAUACGAGAAAGACUCAAAGGUGGCCCACAGCCACAGCAAGCGGUGGCUGGCAGCACGAUGGGCCCCCUCCCCUCUGAGUUGGCCGCUCUGGCCGUCCUCCCUGUGCAGGGCGGCCUCCAUCUGCUCGAGCCGUGGCUGCAGCAGGUCUGCAUCUCACGCUCCCUGCUCUCGCGGCCGGCAGAGGCACCCCGAGCUAUGCCAGUUGCGCCAACGGAUGUGGUGGGCAGCGACAGCCGACCUGAGACCACCGACGUUGAUGGCUAUGAGAGUGAGGGCGAAGAGGAUGAGGAGGAGUGUUUUGACGAGGUGGAGGAGAUGUCUGUGGACCAGCUGCCCAGCGAGGGGCUGCAGGUGUCACUCCUGGACAUGGCCGUCGGACCCCAAUACGAGAACCGCGACCGUGGUAGAUUAGAUAGAGGCAAACACACACGUGUCGAUGCAUCUGCACCCACCCGCUGUUUGGAGUGUUUGUCGUUUGUUUGUCGGCAGUUGAGCUGCUGCAGCUGGCGAUGGCCUGCAACAGCACGUGGCUGAGCCAGAGUGUCCGCGGCAGCAGGUGGCACCGCUACAAGGCUCACAGAAGGAAAAAGGGCUACCACACCACAGGCACACCACCAGCACCAGUAGCUGAGAUCGCUGUGUCCGAGAUGCCUCUCUUCGCCCCACGUCCCCGCACAAAGAAGCCACAGACAGCACCGAGGCAAGGACCACCCACACCCCCAUCCCCACCCCCGCAAGCACGCCUCCCCACUAUCGACCCGCGUGACAGCAACACCGGUGAUGAUGGGGCCGCCGUGUCUGUGCCUGCCGCUGCCCCUGCACCCCCACCCCCACCCUCUCUCCGCUUUGUGCGCAAACCCAGGAGACGUCGGAAGCUGCCCUCGCCGUCAUCUGUGUCGAUGAUGUUACCGGCCGCUGGUGGCGACGAUGGUGCCGAUGACGACGCUCAGGGGGGAGUGCCGACGUCACUGGUACUCGACUGGCGGGGCGAUAAGAGGACUGUGGUGGGUGUGGGUGUGAAAGGUGUGAGUGUGCGGCCGUCCUCAACCAGGGGUCGACAAGCUAUGUCGGUGUUGCGGAUGUGUGGGAGGUGGGGUGCGAUGGGUGGCGGGGGGCCGGUGGGGAAAGCGGGGGUGAGUGUCUUAAGUGGUGCGAGGGGAAGAGCAGGGGUCGUGUGUAGAUAGACAAGGCAGACAGACAGACAGAGAGAUGAGAGGAGAGGAGGCUAGGCUGUCGUGUGUGUGUAUUGUAGAAUGAAUGCGUUUAGCUGACGGCGCGCACGCCGUGUGGUGAUUGGAUUGGCAUGCAUGCAUGACCAUACAUCCCGUCAUCUCAAGACCAUUUAUCGA